ACCUAAUCGACACACUGCGGAGUGCAAUGGCGAUUCCAGUCAUCGACUUCUCCAGGCUUGACGGCGAUGACAGGGCGGCCGCUAUGGCGGAAAUCGCCGCCGGGUUCGAGGAGUGGGGGUUCUUCCAGCUUGUGAACACUGGCAUCCCUGAUGAGCUGCUGGAGAGGGUGAAGAAGGUGUGCAACGACUGCUACAAGCUUCGCGAGGAGGGGUUCAACACGUCCAACCCCGCGGUCAAGGCCCUCGCCGCCCUGGUGGACGAGGAAGGCGAAGGCCUUGCCAUGAGGAAGGUCGAAGGCAUGGACUGGGAGGAUGUCUUCACCCUCCAGGACGACAUGCCAUGGCCAUCCAUCCCUCCAACCUUCAAGGAGACGAUGAUGGAGUACAGGAGGGAGCUGAAGAAGCUAGCGUUGAAGAUGCUGGGCGUCAUGGAGGAGCUUCUCGGGCUAGAGGAAGGGCACAUCACGAAGGUCUUCUCCAAGGAUGGCGACUUCGAGGCCUUCUACGGCACCAAGGUGAGCCACUACCCGCCGUGCCCGCGGCCGGAGAUGGUGGACGGGCUGCGAGCCCACACCGAUGCCGGCGGCCUCAUCCUGCUCUUCCAGGAUGACCGCGUCGGCGGACUGCAGGUGCUCGGCCGCGACGGCCUCUGGGCCGACGUCCAGCCCGUCGAGAACGCCAUCGUCAUCAACACCGGCGACCAGAUCGAGGUGAUGAGCAAUGGCCGGUACAAGAGCGCGUGGCACCGCGUUUUGGCCAUCCGCGAAGGCAACCGCCGUUCCAUCGCUUCCUUCUACAACCCGGCACGCGCAGCCGGCAUCGCGCCUGCAAUUCCCGCCGCCGACGACUCCAGCACCGGCGCCGACUACCCGAGCUUCUCGUUCGGCGACUACAUGGACGUGUACCUUGAGCAGAAGUUCCAGGACAAGGAACCCAGGUUCACAGCAGCAGCGGCAAUGAGCAAGAAAAGGAUGAACUGA